AAUUCUUCGUCUGGUUACUGUUCGCGUAUCGCCCGAUAUUGUGCGCCGUAUUUGCCCACGAGUCAUUUCCCAGUUGUUCCUUCAAACAUGUUCAGAUGCUUAUUUACGAUCGCGCCGGUACAACGUGGUCAGGAUCGUAUAUAAAUUUGGUAUUUCCUCGCUGUGGCUAGCUCAACCCUGAAUAUUCUCAAUAUGGCGACGAUCAGCGCGGAUCCGGCGUGUUGUUUGACCGACUCGACCAAGUCGCAGGUCUUGUCCGCGAACGAGAAGUCAACCGCGGCGCUUCUCCACGAUUCCGACGUGAAUAAGAUCGUCGAGCGGAAAUUUCGCUCGAAGAACUUCUGCAUUUUGCAUUGGAGUUUGGACAGCUUCGGGGAGACGAACGGCUACUUGGGCCAGUACUACACCCUCUCCGUGACUGUGAAAAUCGACAACAAAUCGAAGCAUUUGUCGUUCUUCGCGAAAACACCGCCGCCGACGAGCAGCCCGCAAUACGAUUUCCUCGUGCGUUACAACACGUUCAACAAAGAGAUCAUCGUCUACAGCGAAAUUGUGCCCACCAUAGGCAUGGGAACCGGCAUCAAGUGGAUACCUGAUUAUUAUCUCAGCAAGAGCAACGUUAUAAUGGUUCUCGAGGACGCUAGGCAAGAGGGUUACGUUACACCGGACAAGUAUCUCGCGUUCGACGAGGAGCAUUGCGUUUCGGUGGUAAAAGCGAUUUCGACCUUCCACUCGAGGUCCUUGAUUCUGGACGAGAAGCUCCGCCGGAGCACCGGUCAAACGAUCCUCGAUCUUUACGGGCACGUGCUGGAAGAAGUGGCUUUCGUCGCGGGCGAUGUGGUCGUCAUGAAAUAUCUCUCUUCGUGCGUCAAAGGUGCAUGCACCAUGGUCGAUCUGGUCGAGGGUUUGAAGGAAGACGAAGCUACUGCGAUGAAGAAUUGGAUGACCACGUGGAUACCGAAGUUGCCCUCUCUAUUGGUGUCGUCGAGCAAAUACAGAAACGUGAUGUGCCAUCGGGAUAUAUGGCCGAACAAUAUCAUGAUCAAGAGAGACUCGGCUGGUAAACCGGUCAGUUGCUACCUGGUGGACUUCCAAUUCUUACGAUACAGUCCACCGGCGAUCGAUUUCGUGAUUUGUCUUCUAUUGGUCACCGAUCGUGCCACCAGACGUACGCUUUACGAUCGACUCGUGGAUGUUUACUACGAAACCAUGAAGAAAGAACUGGCCGCGUCGAGUCUCGACGUCGAGGAGUGUCUGCCGCGUGAGCAAUUUGUCGCUUCUUGCGACGACGUGAAAGGUGUAUCGUUGGCGUAUUCUGUGGCUAAUAUGCAGAUAAUGCUGUUGACGAAGUCAGCGGUGGAACAGUAUUUCAUAGGAUCUACCGAUCAACUGGAGUACGUUCUGUACGGCGACGAAAGGUGCGAUCUCGUGAAGAGCCAAUGUCGCAGUAAGAAGUUGUAUCAGACGCGCAUUACAGACGUGAUAGAGGAAAUUAGGGAGUACCUGGCCAACAACAACGACCCGGCCAAAUACUAGUUGUCGAGGGAGGGGGGUGGGUUGGAAAACGAGGGUGUUGAAUGUUUUCUGGGGUGUCGUCGUUUGUACCUGCAUUACGAUCUGUGAUAAAAGGACUUUGGAAUGGGGCCAGGAAGAAGGUUGUCCCUAUUUCGGGAACGUACGAUUUGCGGAUGUGUCGCAAAGUCCGGCGAAACGUGCCGGAGUUCG